AUGGCCGACGCCGCCGCCGAAGCGAUAACAAAAGACGCGCCGUCGCUACUACAAUGGCUCACCGGCGGCUCGACGACGUCGACGGUAGCAUUACUCCUGUGCGUCCUCUUCGGCGCGUAUGCUGCCUAUAUCAUCACGAACGAACCCGAAAGAGACGGCACGCACGCACCAGUUAAUGAGGAAGACGACGAGGAGCCGCCGCGCGACUUCACACCAAAGCAACUCCGAGAAUUCGACGGCAAGGACGAGGACACGCCGUUGUAUGUCGCCGUCAAGGGCGACGUGUUUGAUGUUUCCGAAGCGAGAAGUUUCUACGGUCCGGGUGGUGGGUACGCUUUAUUUGCUGGCCGGGACGCGUCGAAGUGCCUCGCGACGAUGUCCCUCGAAGAGGUAGAUCUGGACCAGCCCAUCGAUGGGUUGAACCACGGGGAGCGGGAGCAUUUGGACGAAUGGCAUUUUAAGUUCAAGGAGCUGAAGGGCUACCCGAUCCUUGGAAGGCUGGCGACACCGCCCUCCACCAAGGUUAUCUCGCGCGCCGAAUUGUUAGAGAGGGGCACGGGCACCUGCGCACCAUCUCCAGGAAGAUGCUGCGCCGAGCACCUGAUCGGCGUGCGGGGCAACGUCUACGACGUGGGCUAUGGCGGCGUCGGCUUCUAUGGGGCGGGCUGCUCGUACCACCUGUUCUGUGGCAAGGACGCAUCUAGAGCGUUGGCGAAGAUGUCCUUCAAGCCCGAGGACGUUGAUAGAGGAUGGCCCGAUUUAGGUGACCUCGACGAGAAGGAGGUCAAGAUCUUGGACGACUGGGAGAAGCUGUUCGCGCGGAAGUACCCCGUCGUGGCGCGGUUGCGGGAGGCCGACGAGUAAUAUUGUUCUAGUUUUCGUCCUUGUCGCGUCGAUGGCGUCGGUGGCGUCGGAGCAGUGCCGUGUCGCGUGACUCGCGUCGCCGCCGCCGAGGCGCGAGAGCGAAAGGCUUCGUCGGGCACAACGCUAUCGAUCCGUACGCGCCCCCGCGUGCGCCCGAGCAGUCCCCGCCGCCCCGAAGUCGCCCGCGCGCCGUGCGGGGCAGCCUCGAGCUGUUGCUUGGCUGCCACUUUGUGUCUGCACGAUCAGUGCGGUGGUACCGCGACGCAGUCGUGGGCUCGGAGCCGCGGCGGAGGGACGUAUACGCUGCCCCAGUGCUCGCAUUGUACAGUCGCCUCCACCGGCACAGUACUGAUGGCGACCGCCUGCCAGCGCCUCUACGCCGACGCGGACCGCCGGCGCCGCCGCCAGGAGGAGGACGCGCGGCUCGCCGCGGAGCGCCAGGCCGCGGAGGAGGCCCUUGACGCGGAGCCGCGGUCGCCGCGGCUCUGCGACGCGAGCGUAAGCCUCGCGGCGACCGCGCGGAGCCGCGACGCGGGCCUCUGGGCGGCGGGCGGCGCGGGCGCGGGCGGGGAGGUCGUGGCGGCCGUGCGCGUCGAGGACCGGCUCCACGCGCACGGCGCCGCGGCGCGCGCGGUCGCGAAGCGCGCCGCGGCCGAACGCGAGCGCGCGGCGCGAACCGCGACGCCGGCGAUCACGCGCAAGGCGGCGCGGCUCCGGCGCGACAACGCCGUCCACGCGCGGCUCCACGCGGCGGCGCGCGCGCGGGCCGAGGACCUCGCGCGACGGAAGGACGCCGACCGCGCGGCGGCGGCGCGUGCGGCGCGGGGCCGGACGGAGCGCGCGGCGGCGCGCGCGACGACGCUCUACGUGGACGCGCUGCGGCGGCAGGAGGACGCGCGGCGCCGCACCGCCGCGGCGGACCGGGCCGCGCGUGACGCGCGCAGCACGAGCCACGUCUGCCCCGGGAGCCGCGCGGUCGCGCACGACGAGUCCGCCGCGGAGCGCCUGGCGCGGUUUUGGCCUGUGCGCGAAUCAAGUUUCGCGGCGCUUCCCACGCCAUCGACGCGACGCCUGCUUGACGGCGUGGCGGUGCGGUUCUCUGACCACGCGACUUGAGCCGCGUCGUCGCCGAGAUAUGACUUUGCGAGCACCCACUCACUGGUUGAUUUGCGCGCAGGCCAAAGCCGCACGGCACGCGGGCCAAGGUCGCGGAUGGCGACUUCCUGGGGUCCGUGCGGGCGACGUUCGGCGCCAAACGGCGCGAGUCGGGCGAGGCGGGCGGGCGACGAGCCUCGCGCGAGAUGGCGGCGACGAGGAGAGCGUCGGCCGCCGCGGCGCGCUUGUACCGCGACGCGACCGAGGGCCGCGCGCGCAUGCGCGACCGGCGCGCGCGCGAGGCCGAGCGGGAGCUCGCGGGCUACACGUUUGCGCCGGCGCUGCACGAUCCCCGCUCUUCAACGGAGGGCGUGUCCCUCGCGGACCGGAACCAGGCCUGGCUCGAGCGCGCGCGGGCGAAGGUCGCGGAGGAGCGCGCGGCGAACAACGAGGCCGAGGUCGCCGAGUGCACGUUCGAGCCCCGCUUUCUAAGCCGCGCGCCGCCACCGCCGCCGCCUCCGCCCGCACCGGUGGUCGCCGAGCGGCGGCCGUCGCCGCCGCCUCCGCCUCCCCCAGCGCCGGUUGUCGCCGAGCAGCCGCCACCGCCUCUACCUCCGCCGCCGCCUGGGCCGCCGCCGCCCGGGCCGCCGCCGUCCGCGGCGCCGCCGUCUGCAGCUCCGCCGUCGUGGCCGCGGUCCGCGCGGGUGCCGCCGCCGUCCGCACCGCCACCGCCGCCGCCGCCACCGCCUGGGCCACCGCCGUCGACGCCCUCGCUGCUGCAGCACCUCUGGAAGACGCAGUCGCCGGAGUCCGCCGAGCGCGUCGCGGACGUCCUGGACCGCCGGUCGCCCCCGUCAGCCGUCCGCCGGUCGCGCGCUCCGCAGACGCCGGCCUGAGUGCACGGCACUACUGGUUGGAUGUUGUUCCCCUAAGAAUAUUACUACACCUA